UGCUGCCCGGGCCCCGAGCAGCCCCCGCCACCGCUCUGCCCGGCGCCUGCCUCGCCCGCUUCCGAAUGUGUCCCCAGCGAGGCCGGCGGGGACGCUCUCCGAGCCGGGGGUACCGCCCCCUCGUCCGCCCAGCAGCAGCACGAGUGUGGCGACGCGGACUGUCAGGAGCCCCCCGAAAAUCCCUGCGACUGUCACAGGGAGCCGCCCCCCGAAACCCCAGACAUCAACCAGCUGCCGCCGUCCAUCCUGCUUAAGAUAUUUUCCAAUUUGUCCUUGGAUGAGCGUUGCCUUUCUGCAUCAUUGGUUUGCAAGUAUUGGCGUGACCUUUGUUUAGAUUUCCAAUUUUGGAAGCAGCUGGAUCUUAGUAGUCGUCAGCAGGUUACUGAUGAAUUAUUGGAAAAAAUUGCAUCAAGAAGUCAGAAUAUAAUUGAAAUCAACAUUUCUGAUUGUCGAAGUAUGUCUGAUACUGGCGUAUGUGUUCUAGCAUUUAAGUGUCCUGGACUUCUUAGAUAUACAGCCUACAGGUGUAAACAGCUUUCUGACACAUCUAUUAUUGCGGUUGCCUCUCACUGUCCUUUACUUCAGAAAGUACAUGUAGGCAACCAGGACAAACUUACUGAUGAAGGACUCAAACAGCUGGGCUCAAAAUGCAGAGAGCUCAAAGAUAUUCAUUUUGGCCAGUGUUACAAGAUCUCAGAUGAAGGCAUGAUUGUCAUAGCUAAAGGCUGCCUGAAACUACAAAGGAUAUACAUGCAGGAAAACAAAUUAGUGACAGAUCAGUCAGUAAAAGCAUUUGCUGAGCAUUGUCCUGAACUUCAGUAUGUUGGCUUCAUGGGUUGUUCAGUCACCUCUAAAGGAGUCAUUCACCUAACCAAGCUGAGAAACCUUUCGAGUUUGGACCUACGUCAUAUUACUGAACUGGAUAAUGAAACUGUGAUGGAAAUUGUCAAGAGGUGCAAAAAUCUUAGCUCUCUCAAUCUCUGUCUGAACUGGAUUAUAAAUGACAGGUGUGUGGAGGUCAUUGCAAAGGAAGGACAAAACCUGAAAGAGCUGUAUUUGGUGUCCUGUAAAAUCACAGAUUAUGCACUGAUAGCCAUUGGGCGAUACAGCAUGACAAUAGAGACUGUGGAUGUUGGAUGGUGUAAAGAAAUUACAGAUCAAGGAGCCACCCUGAUUGCACAGAGCAGCAAAUCUCUGAGAUAUUUGGGACUGAUGAGAUGUGACAAAGUCAACGAAGUGACAGUGGAGCAGUUGGUGCAGCAGUACCCUCACAUCACCUUCAGCACUGUGCUGCAGGACUGCAAGAGGACCUUGGAGAGAGCCUAUCAGAUGGGCUGGACCCCCAACAUGUCUGCUGCCUCCUCCUAACACUCCUGCCCCAGCAUGGGUCCCCUUGGAUCAUCUAGCAGGGUGGAAAAGUGUGAGCUUGGAGUAGGGAUCUCUUAAAAAGGUUCUAGCUGUCACCUGUGUGCGUGUGUACUGAGUGUGCGUAUCUGUGUCUUGUUUGCAAACACAUAGGAUAAACGCACUGUUAUUUGUUCCCAGGUGGGCUGGUUCGUUUUCUUUAAAAACAAUGAAGGUCAUGCGAAGUAUAAAUGUUUUAAUCUUUAUGUUCAACCGCUUGUUUUUCUAAAAGGACUUUAACAUUUUUAGAGUCAAAGAAAAGGAUGGAUGAUUUUGAGCUUCUGCCCACUUUGGGAGAUGCCCCUCAAAAAAAGAUGCUCUUUUACUAGGGAGACCAGAACAGAAGUGAAAUUUCUCUAAUUAGAAGCCAGGAAACCAGUCUUCAAAAUUCCAAGGACAUAUCCGCAUGUAGUUAUGGGAGCUCUCGUGUGCUUGCACACUUGUGAGUAUACAUAUACACCAGGACAGUUUCUUUGUAAAUCAUUUCCUUUCCUGACAGUGGACCUCUCUUUGGGCCAUGAAGGGAACACAUCACCCACUGCUAACUCACUGUAUCGACAGGUGGCCAACUUGCUAUUUGGUGGGUGACUUAGGGACUAGAGAGAAUAAAGCCCAUUGUAAAUUUUUAUACCAAGGCAACAAUCUGAACUCCCCUGGCCAACUCACAAAAGUUAAUUAUUCAUUAUUCUACGAAUGCAUUCUGUUGAGUACUAAAUAUUUUAGUUGGUUUUACAUUAACAUUGUGUUAGCUUUUAUUUUUGUAGAUAGUAAUGGGUUAGGAUAUAUUUUAAUGAUAUGUAGAUAUUAGCAUUAUCCCUAUUGAAGCCACCAAUGUAAGUAAUGGUGUGCAGUUAUAAAAAAAUCUACAGAUCAUUUCAUUAUUUUGUUAAUUUUGAUAAUUAUGAAAAUAUAUUUCUGACAUUGAGAGUAGUCACAAUGAUAAUUAAUGAGUGAGACGUAAGUAGACAAUCUUUUUUUUGAACUUUUUAUUUGUUUUGCCUCUAAAAUAUGCAUGUUCCCAUUAUUUGAAUCCUUUUAAUGCUACUGCAAAGAUCCGUUGCUAGCUAAUGUAUGAGUUAAGACAAAUUAGAAAAUCUAAUCAUUAAGAUUCAUUUAUACUUGCCAGAAAUAAGUAUGUUCAUUUAAUUAAAGAUUGCCAGCUUUCAGUUAAGACAGUACCUAUCAGCAAAUGAAUAUAUGUUUUGAUUUCACACAUUUUCACAAUUAAUUAAUUGUAGGGACUCAGGCUCAAGUAACUUUUCCUGCAUCUAGAUUUUUAAUCGAGACAGCAGGGAGCCUUUUUAAGCUAGAGUGAUCGCCUUUCACAAUAGAGCUAGAAUCAAAACCCGACUUGUGAAUUUGCUAUUUAUUCUUUCCUGAUGUGGACAUAAAUGUUAUUUGGUCUUUAACAAAUAUAGUGAGGUUUGAAUUUAUUUCUUAUCAGUUCCAACAUUGCUAAAAUGAUACAAGCUAUAAGAAAUUAGCCUUACAUUUGAAUUCCACCCACAUAUUUAUAAUGACUCCUUUUCUGUAAACAACUGUUUCCUUUGGUUGUGUCAACAUGUUUCCGAUGUGGCAUUUUUUAAAAUCACAAUCAGUUAAGAAAAUCUAGUGGGCAAGCACCAUGAAUAGUUUUCCCAUAAUUAAUUUAAUGGAUUACUAAUUUAAUUUGGAGGGAGUCAAAUGUGUGUAAGAAAAAAACUUUACCAUUAAUAAACUACAUUUCUUCUCACAUAUUGAAAUGUAUCAUUUUCAUAGCUAUAUCUCCACCAGUUAAAUAAAUCUUACUUCACAAAAUUUUAAAUGAUUUUUAACCCAAAACUAAUUUAUAAGCAAGUAUGUAUAGUAAUAGUAGCUUGAGUGAAUAAACAAAAGUUUAAUUUUUAUAUAUGUCACACUAUAUUUUAAAUAGUUAAAUAAGAAAACAAAAAGGGAGAGCCAUCUAUGUUAUAGAUGGUAUGGUUUCAGUUCAAAGUUGUAAUAAUCUUUGGAGUGUUAACAGUUUGGUUGUCAAAUGGUUUCAGAAUGUAUAACUGAUUUCUUUUAAAUGUUGUAUUGUUUGAAUCUAAAGUACAGCACUAUAAUCUGCUUUAGCUUGGGGGUGGGGGGUGGGGGUGGGCUGGGGAUUGCACUUACUCUCUAAAAUGUUGACUAAUCCAGAACGCCUGAUGCAACAUAUCCUGGAAAACUGCUUUGGUACAUUUGUAGAAAUAUGUAGAAAUGUCAUAUCCAGCCUCAAAACAUUAAUCUCAAAAAUAAAAAAAGGAAUAAAAAAAUAAAAACAGCCAAGAAAAGCAUCACCUCAAGUGAUCCUGUGAUAAUUGUUGAAUGUGUUCUCAUUAGAUGCUUUGAAAUGAGGCUUGAAAUAAAUUUUCUAGGCAAUAUAGCUUCUUUUUGCUUAGAAUGCCAUAAAUACAUGUGAACACAUUUAAUGCAGGGCUUUUUAUCUUCUCCAAAAUGUCAACAGUAUUUUCAGAAUAAAGCCUAUGAAAUAUAUUGCUGUAGUGGAAAAUUCUGGUCCUUUGUCUUUAAAUGUCUUUUUGAGUGGAUAAAGAAAAUUCACUUGGUUUGUAGUUUCUAUAUUUCUGUGAAUCUUUUGACCUUGCAAUGUGUUGCAAUAAAAGAGAAACAAAG